AUGGUCAUGGUACAUGUGAAGAGCAACCUCCCCCGCUCACUGGAUCCAUUGCAAUUUGCAUACCAGCCGAACAGGUUGACCAAGGAUGCCAUUUCCACUGCACUUCCCCUCUCCCACCUGGACAAGAAAGACACGACUCCUGUUCAAGGUGAGGUUCUGGUGAUUGGUUCAAAUCUUCCAAUCAUCACCGCUCCGGGUGAUGAUGUCAUCCUGCCGUGUCACCUGGAGCCCACGCUCGAUGUCCAGGGUCUGACGGUGGAGUGGUCCAAACCCGACCUGAAGCCCGACCCGUCAGACCGGCUGAGCCGAGUGGAGUACGUUCACCUGUACAGGGACAGGAAGGAGGUCCCCGACAUGAAGAUGGCCUCGUACUUCAGGAGGACGGAGCUGUUCAUGGACGACAUGAAACACGGGAACAUUUCACUGAAGAUCCUGAACGUGUCGGAGGAAGACAACGGCAGAUACAGAUGUUUCAUCCCCAAGCUGCGGAGCAGAGUGAAAGCUGCUGUUGUUGAACUUGUAGUUGAUCCAAACUAUGCUAAAAACCUGACGACAGACAGGCCACUGCAUCCCCAAAUCCUCCAAACUCCAGUACCUCAGGACACGACUCCAAGAAAUACUUCCACCAUCAACUCCUUGGAUCUCCCUUCAUUUCCUCUUCUAACUGACAUCCAACCUGUGGGACAAACGCUCGGACAACUUUCAACAACAUGCCGAAAUAAUGCCAAGUGUCCUUCCUGA